AUGUCUGCGACAACCCGCCCAAUCCGGAGCCGUGACAAGGGCUUCCGCCGCCGGCCGGCCGCUGCGGGCGUCUUGCUCGUCACCGUGAUCGCUGCUUUCGCGCUUUUUGCCCCCUUCGCACCGACCUCCGCUCGUCGCGCGGAUCGACCCGUUCUGGCCUCAAGAGGUCUGCAACAGCAACGAUUAGAUGUCGACUGCCGUGCCGUUCGCGAAGCUGCCGACCAAUGCGCCUUUGUGCUCGCCAACUGCCAAGACGACGAGGCCGGUUUGCUGCACUACCUGGCCUUCUAUUAUUGCACCUUGGGCAGUGUGAAGCCCGUCGCUUUUGCCAUUCUCGCAGUAUGGCUUGGCCUGCUCUUUACCACCAUCGGCAUCGCCGCCAGCGACUUCUUCAGCGUCAAUCUCAGCACCAUCUCCAGUGUGCUUGGGCUGAGCGAGAGUCUGGCUGGUGUCACAUUUCUGGCAUUCGGCAACGGCUCGCCAGAUGUCUUCAGCACCUUCGCCGCAAUGGGCUCUAACAGCGGGAGUAUGGCGGUGGGCGAGCUGAUCGGCGCUGCUGGCUUCAUCACAGCCGUCGUCGCCGGUUCGAUGGCCCUGGUCCGCGAGUUCAAGGUCAGCAGGCGCGUCUUCGUCCGGGACAUUAUCUUCUUUAUCGCAGCAAUUAGCUUUACUAUGGUCUUCCUGGCCGACGGAGAGCUGCAUCUGUGGGAGUGCUUCACCAUGAUCGGUUUCUAUCUCUUCUAUGUGCUGGUCGUGGUAGGAUGGCAUUGGCUCACAGUACGAAAGAGGAGGAAGCGCAUGAGAGAUGCCGCUGCCCGCGCCCACCUUUAUGGUCCCUCGGGUCGUGGCGCCGAAGAGCUGGAACCCUACCGCGAUGAGCCGGAUGAAGACGAAGCCGCGCCAGUGGGAGGUCGCUCGCGUAGCGCCCCCGAACCUGCCGAUAUCAGCGCCUUGGAACAGGGACCCCGGAUUGAGAUUGACGGCGUUGGGUUGCAGCCGUUGUCCCCUGAUAAGGACGACGAGGAGCGAGAUAUACAAGUUGCUGCCGAAAUGGCGAGCAGCAUGCGUGUUAACCGGCCCCGCUGGGGACGAAGCAACACCACCAUCACUCCGAUCCGGCCCAGUCUAGUGGGCGUACUAGAGUUUAGAGCGGUACUAUCUUCGCUACAGAAGGAACGAAAUAUGCACAUGGGUCCACUCCCGGGCAGGUCAUACACUGGUGACCUAGAAUCCCGCUCCAGUCCAGGCGAUCCUCGUGGUCGCCCGAGGACACAGUCCUUUCCGGCCCAUCCACCAGCUGACGCAAGAGAACGCGCGCUAAUAUACGGGAACGGGCUUCCCAACCUGGAGAGUGACGGUCUGCAACAGCGCCAACCUGAAGCUGCUUUGAGACCGGCAACCCGCACUAGCUCAGCAGCUCGCACCAUCGACGGAAGGCUUGCGCCGCCGCUUGGCUCGCCAGCUGAUGGCGUGACAGAUGAUUCCCCUUCAUCCAAGCAGACUCGACACCUGCAACUCCAGAUUCCCUCUCCUAGCCGACAAUCAAGCGCACAGUCGUCGCCUGCUUUGUCCCCUCUCAGAAGUGUGUCCGAGUCUCCGGCUCCUUUAACGCCCUAUCAAGAGCCGACUGCAUUUCCGUUCCCGAUUCACUCAGACGCGCACCGCCAGUCUUUCCCAAGUCUCGAUGACCAUGCAGAGCACCCCAGGCCUGUCAAGUGGUGGCCUUACCAGCUGCUGCCAGCGCCCCACGUCCUUCUCGCCACCAUCUUCCCAACCCUCCAGGGGUGGAGUGAGAAAACGCUCUGGGAUAAAUUUCUAAGCAUCGUCUCGGUCCCAAGCAUCUUCCUUCUCGUCGUGACAUUGCCGGUAGUGGAGACGGACAAUGAAAGUGGCCCGUUCGAGGCCCAUACCGCUGAUCCCCCGGAGUUCGGGCAGCCUGGAAACACUGCGCCACCCAUCUCACUAGAAACCGACGGCGAUAUACAGCCCGAGACAGAGUGGCAGGCGUAUCGGCGAAGGGCCAGAUCUGUUUCAACAAGAUCACCCCGCAGCUUGUCUCCCUCACAGCGAUUGCCGGAUAAUCCAUAUCCUUCAGACGGACAGAGUUCGGUCCCUGCGAGUGGAAAUCCGCCCUUCGACAGCCAGAUUCCGCAAACGAUGAAGCCGACAGGUUCGAACUCUUACCACACAUCAGCAUCUUCUUUGGAGCCACCCUCCGGCUGGAACCGAUGGCUUGUGGCAGUGCAGCUGUUUACUGGGCCGCUCUUCGUGGUCUUCAUUCUCUGGGCCAAUACAGCGGAAGAUCUGGAGCAACCAGGGAAGGUCUUGCUGAGACUGGUCCUGUACUCGCUUCUGGUGUCCCUUUGUCUGUUGGCAGCCCUCCUCCUGACCACCAGCGAGGAAAAGAAGCCCAAGUACCAUUUUCUUUUGUGCUUCCUCGGAUUCAUCAUCAGCGUUGCAUGGAUAUCGACCAUUGCGGGAGAGGUAGUUGGGGUCCUCAAGGCCUUUGGCGUCAUCCUGAAUAUUUCGGAAGCUAUCCUAGGUUUGACUGUGUUUGCAGUGGGUAACUCGCUGGGCGAUCUCGUGGCCGACGUCACGGUUGCCCGCUUGGGAUACCCAGUCAUGGCACUGGCUGCAUGCUUUGGGGGACCGAUGCUGAACAUUCUGCUCGGUGUGGGCAUCGGCGGUGCGUGGAUGGGCAUUGCCCGGGCCAACAAGAAGCACAAGAAGCACCCUGACUUACCGGUCCUCUACAAACCAUAUCGCAUCCAAGUUGGCGGCACCUUGAUGAUCUCGGCCAUUACACUGCUGCUAACCCUCAUCGUUCUACUCAUUGUGGUGCCAUCCAAUAACUGGUUGAUGAGCCGCAAGAUUGGCUGGGGGUUGAUUACCAUCUGGAGCAUUGGCACCAUCAUCAACCUCGUUACCGAGCUUACGGGCGUCUGGUCUGACGUUUCCUGA